CAAAUACCUGGCGCCGCCGCCCGCCGGCGGCUCCUCCGCCGCCCGUCGGCCGUCGCCAGCUGGCUCCAGGACCAGCGUCGCCAUGGCCGUCGUGCCGUGGCCCUGUCGCGUCUCCAUCUCCGUCGACGCGGGCCGCCCCGCUGCCCCUGACCUCGGCUACUUCGCUCCCCGUCCACCGUAUUUCCAGGUCGAGGUCAGGGGGGGCGCUCACGGCGCACCCCCCGCUCACGGCUGCUGCUGCUGCUGCUGCUGCGGAAACCGCACGCCGUGUGGAGGGAGUAGGGCGCGUGGCUGCAUCAGCGCGUCCCCCUCUCUUUUCGAAAUGGUGGGAUCUAUGGACAUGGUACCAGGAUUCUCCUGCGCCUCCUCGAAAAGAAAGGGGUUGCUUCCAAUGUCUAUCGGAUAUGUGAAGCUUUGAGUGACCCAUUCUUACGAAAUUCCGUAUCCUUGCGAGCGAAUUGAAGCUUUUGGAACUGAGGUUUGUCCCUGUCCUUAUCUCUCAGUUUACAAGUGGAAGGUCAUUUCGGUUGAACUGUAGGUGUUGAGAUCUUCCAUUUUGUACUGCUGUUCGUCAGAGUUUUCUGCGUGUGAAUUGUGUUUCGCAAAAAAAAAAAGGGCAUAUGUUUACCUUUUUUUAAUUGUAUGUUCCAAAGUCCAAACUCAAUGUGGGAAGUUAUUGCCAAAUUAUUACUUUGAAAUUGUGCAAACCUUGAUGUUGUUUACUGUUUGAAGUUUUAACUGCCGGCCCUCUGAUCUUGUAUCAACUGUCUCAAACUAGUCUAGUCAUUAUCAGGCAAAGCUUGUCCUACUCCUGUCAUGUGAUCAAAUCAAAGUGUGUUAUCUGGAAGCAUAUAUUUCUGGACACUAUAUUCUGCAAAGAACUUCCGACUGCAACUUCAUAACAGUACUCUCAUUGAAACAAGAGACAACAUAGGUCAGCGUAAUGGUGUUUUAUCAUCAAUCCAAAACUCACAUUGGCAAUGAUUCGGAUAGUAUGUUCACUUUAUUGUCGGGGGGACUCCUGUACAACUAGGCAUGGGCCAGGAAGCUCUGCAGAUAUCCUUGCUUAAAAGGCCCAAGUGAGUUCAUGAAAAAGGCGACUAUGCAGCUCUGGCCUCUGGUUGCCAUCUUGCAUUGCAGCAUCAAUAGUUUGGUUCUCCUGAUCUCCUCCAUGAAAUUCAUUCAUGUCAUUUGAAUCUUUGAAAAAUGAUUAAGCAAUUUAUGUUUUCCCAAUUACUUGUUCAGCUGUACUGUCAUACAUUCAUGCUUAUUGGGUACUGCUAUACAUACAUUUCCCUUUCAAUCUUCUGAUGCAAAUGCAUAGUAGAUCUCGCAGCCUGAAUCUUACAAACUAGGAGUAUUUAUUAAUUUUAAAAGGAUCAGACCACUCCAAAUUUAGUAAAGGAAUAUUGGCUCCUAGAUUUACUUCCACGAACAAAAUUUAGAGACAUAUGGAAGGCUUUCCCAUUCACAAAUUUUACGAGACAAAUUUUCAAGUGACCCCUACGAGGAGUGGCUUGUCAUUUGUUAUCUAGUGUGGAACUUGCAAUCCCAAUCAUUCUUUGUCUGUUAAGGUUAAUCAAUAGUUUAAAACAAAGGGGAUCAAUCAACACAACAUCAACAUCAACAAAGCCUUUUAAUCCCAAGCAAGUUGGGGUAGGCUAGAGUUGAAACCCAACAAAGACCAUUAUUCAUGGUUCUGGCACGUGAAUCGCGGCUUUCCAAGCACUUCUAUCCAAGGACAAAUCUCUAGGUAUACUCCAGUCUUUCAAGUCUCUUCUAAUUGUUUCUUCCCAUGUCAACUUCGGCCGGCUCCUGCCUCUCCUCAUAUUACCGUCGUGCUUUAGGAUUAGCGUUUCCAGCAAAAACACUGUCGUUUGGUAUGGCUGCUAAUUUUGGAAGAACUCAACCACUCUUUUGCUCCUUGGAGUCCAACUGUACAGGCAACCUUGCCCUCUGAUUGCUUUUAUAUCCUCACCUCCAUGAUCCCCUAAUCAUUUUCCAUGGCAAGUAUGAGGUCGAGGGUGCCAAUGCGUUCCAUUUCCCCCAUCUGUGCCACCCUUUUGUUUCUUUCUUGUUCAUUCAGCUCAAUGCAUCUUGGUGCAUCCAGCGAUGACCACCUUGUCCCUGGCAAGCCGCUCACACCAGGAAACACUCUUGUGUCCGACGAUGGCACCUUCACCCUGGGCUUCUUCUCCCUGUCCAAUUCCACAAAAAAGCAUUAUUAUGUUGGCAUAUGGUACAGCAACAUCCCGCAGCGUACUGUCGUCUGGGUUGCCAACCGUGUUGUGCCGAUUACUAAUCUUUCCUCUGCAAUGCUCGUCUUGACCAGUAGCACAAACAUUGUCAUGUCUGAGGGCAAUGGCCGCAUCCUUUGGAGGUCAAACAACAAAAUCAUGGUCAGGUCUCCACCUGCCACAACCAUCUCUGCAGAAGCCACACUAGAAAACACUGGAAACUUCAUCCUCCGGUCUAUGGGCAACAGUACCAUCCUAUGGCAGAGCUUCGACCACCCAGCUGAUACCCUCCUUCCUGGUAUGAACCUCAGGAUCAGCCACAAAAUGCAUCAGGUACAACACCUUAUUUCCUGGAAAGGCCCACAGGAUCCAUCCCCUGGACCCUUCUCCUAUGGCGCAGAUCCCAAUAGCUUCCUGCAGCGCUUCAUCUGGAACAGCACAAGACCGCACCAUCGAAGCCCAGUGUGGACUAGCUACUUCCUUCUUGGGAGCUACAUGGACAACCUUCAUCCUACAAUUUACAUGGCGGUACAUCGCGGAGAUGAUGAUGAGGUGUACAUGUCCUUUGGCACCCCGAUCGACUCCGUGUCUUUGUUGAUUAGGAUGGAGAUAAGCUACACAGGCAAGGCAAAUAUACUAAGCUGGAACAACAACAUGUCGGCAUGGACAGCCCUGUACACACAGCCUGCACAUGAGUGCAAUUUGUAUGCAUACUGUGGUCCAUACGGCUACUGUGACAACAGUGAAAUAAUCCCGACAUGCAAGUGUCUUGAUGGUUUCGAACCGAAUGAUGAAGAAGCCUGGAUCAAUGGCAGAUUUUUGGAGGGAUGUCACCGGAAGAAGGCACUAAGGUGUAGCGGUGGAGAUGAUUUCUUGACCUUGCCAGGCAUGAAGGUCCCUGACAAUUUCCUCUUCAUCGGAAACAAAAGUUUUGAUGAAUGCACGGAGGAAUGCCGUAGCAACUGCUCCUGCGUGGCAUAUGCUUAUGCCAACAUGAGCACCAGGGCAAUUGAUGGGGAUGACACGAGGUGCCUGAUAUGGACUGGGAUGUUGAUUGAUAUGGAGAAGUGCAGCGAAGGAGGGGAGAACCUAUAUAUUCGUACCAAAAAAAUAAGCGGUAGCAUGCUAACAACCAACAUCCUUGAAAUUGUACUGCCAGUUCUGGCAGCUUUGCUGGCACUCAUUUGCAUAGUGCUUGUUUGGAUCUGCUGGUUUAGAGGAAAACAAGGCAGCAAGGAAAUCUGUACUAUGCUGAUGCUAGGAGACAGAGGGAGUACUUAUGAACUUGCUGAUAGAAAAAUAGAUUUGCCAUUGAUUAGCUUCAGGGAAGUUGCCACGGCAACACAGAAUUUUUCUGAUUCAGCCAUACUUGGAAGAGGAGGAUUUGGCACUGUUUACAAGGGAACAUUGGGAGAUAAGGACAUUGCAGUGAAAAGGCUCUGUAAAGGUUCUGGUCAAGGGGUAGUGGAGUUCAAAAAUGAAGCAGCUCUGAUUACCAAGUUGCAACACAGAAACUUAGUUAAACUUCUAGGGUGCUGCAAUGAUAAAGAUGAGAAACUACUGAUCUAUGAAUACCUUCCUAACAAUAGUUUGGAUGCCUUCCUUUUCAAUGCUGCAAGAAAGUCAUUGCUUGACUGGCCCACAAGAUUCGAGAUAAUCAAAGGCAUAGCUAGAGGCCUUCUAUAUCUUCACCAAGAUUCAAGUCUGACAAUAAUUCAUAGAGAUCUCAAGGCAGGCAAUGUAUUGUUGGAUGCUGAAAUGAAGCCCAAGAUAUCUGAUUUUGGUACAGCUAGGAUCUUUGGUAUCGACGAACAACAAUCAAAUACCAACAGAGUCGUGGGAACUUAUGGUUACAUGUCGCCUGAAUAUGCACUAGAAGGCACCAUUUCUCUCAAAUCCGAUGUCUACAGCUUCGGUGUGUUGCUAUUGGAGGUUGUAAGUGGCUUGAAGAUCAGUGCGGCUGGCCCAGUCACAGGUGCACCGAACCUUAUAGCUCGUGCAUGGGGCUUGUGGAAGGAUGGAAACUUGCGUGAUUUGGUGGACUCAUCAAUUGUUGAGAGCUGUUCACUAGAUGAAGUUCUACGAUGUAUCCACAUCGGUCUCCUGUUGGUGCAAGACGACCCGAAUGCUCGUCCUCUUAUGUCAUGGGUGGUGUCAAGCUUGGAUAACAAUGACAUUGAGCUCCCACAGCCUAGUGAGCCUCUCUGCAUUGCAAGGAGAAACUACAGAACUGGUGAAGCAGGAGAAAGUUAUGUAAGUGACAUGAGCCUCGGAGCGCUGGAAGGGCGCUAAAGGCUCCUCACUUAUUUCCUCAAAAUUCAAAGACCCCCAAUAUAGAACAGAAACCGAUAUCUUUUCAAACAAAGGUAAUUCAUGGCAUCAUCGACAGCUCUCACUUAUUAGCUGCAAUUGAACAACUUGUCCAGGGAUCGAGCAGCUCAGCAAUGGAGACAUAGGCGUGGAUGUGAUCGGAGGAACUCUGCCUAUCUCGAUGCCAUAUAUACGUUCAUAGUUUCUCUAUCUACUCGGCUUGUUUGUUCUGAUCUCUCCAUCCAAAUAUUGUCAUUUCUGUUCUUCGCUGUACCGAACUACUACCAUCUAGGCAAAGCUUGCCAUCAGAUUGUAGCAUGGACUUGUUGAUUGUUCCAGUAAUGAAGCGAAAUUGUGAUCGUGGAACUGAAA